CCCGGUGGUCGGGAAAUGUCAAAGAGAGGCCCGUGCUGCAGCAGGGGGCGUAAAGGGAAAAAAAUAACAACAGUUUAUUGCUUUAUUUUCACAUAAUUUAUUUUCCUUUCUUAUUAAGCAAGUGUCAUAUCCAUUAGCAUCAGAAACCGACUCCUAGCUGACUAGCUCCUCUCGCAGCCGCCGUUGACAACAAUUUGCAGUCUUCUUGAUCAUUCCCGAUUCGUAUAGCCAGCCUAACAUUCCUUGCCAAACAUGAGGGAGAAAAUACUGCUCCUGUUGAAGAUGUCCAUCAAACUUACUAGCUCUCUCUCCACCAUGACACUCAGCAGAGGACUCUGGGAUUGAUGCUGGGAUCACUCCCACUGAUGGCCUGGACUGGGUUUCAGCUGUCCUGCUGAAGCUAUGGGGAGCUGUUGGAGCUGUCUAUACAGAGACCCCAUCCAAGACAACCAUCUCACCAAAUUCAAGGUAACCAAUGUGGAUGAUGAGGGGAAUGAGUUGGGCUCUGGGACCAUGGAGCUCACCCAGACCGAGCUCAUCCUGCACACACGCAAGAGGGACGCCAUUCGGUGGCCCUACCUGUGUCUGCGGCGCUACGGCUACGACUCCAACCUCUUCUCAUUCGAGAGUGGCCGGCGCUGCCAGACUGGACAGGGAAUCUUUGCGUUUAAAUGUUCUCGUGCGGAGGAGAUCUUCAACCUUCUCCAGGAGCUGAUGCAGUGCAACAGUAUCAAUGUGGUGGAGGAGCCUAUGAUCAUGCCCGGCAGCGGGCAUGCACGAGAGAUAGACAUGCCUCGCACCCCACAGACACCCAACACUCCAGCAUUCCCCGUCCAGGGUUUUCCCAACGGGUACCCGGGGUAUCCCAUGAGAGCUGAAUCCUCCCAGCCCUCUCUAACUGACGACCCCCACGGCCACAGCCACAUGGGCCUGGAGGACCAGGCUCACACCUAUGUGAAUACUGUUACUGUGGAUGGGGAACUCUCCAGUCGACACUGUGUACACUCCCUACCCGAGGUGCGGCCUACUUCCUUCCCCGAGUCAACCCGGGGAGCCAUGCCUGUCGUGGGCCAAGGAGGUGGGCAGGCCAGCAUGCACUGUUGUCCCCUGGAGGAACAACGCAAGGAACCCCAGGUAUUCCUUCAGCCUUCCUCUCAGGAGGUCAAAUUCAUGCUGGGACCCACCCCUGCACAGCGCCACCUGCUGGAGAGAGAGAGGGAGAGGCACGGUGGUCACAAUCCCCACGCCAUGCGGCCUGUAGAGGGCACCACAGGUUCAGAGACAGAGGGGGACGAACCUCCUCUGCACGUGUGCAACUCCCACUCCUAUCACCACCCUCACUACCACCACGUGAUGCACCGGCACCCUGGCCACGAGCACCAGGAGGGCUGCCAGCUCACCUACGAGAAUAUCAAUGGCCUAAGGGGGGGCCGCCGGCUGAGACUUAGCCCCAGCAGCAUGUCCCAGUCUGUGGGCUCCAGCAGCAGCAGCAGCACCACCGGAGACAGUCACUCUCACCCACAAUCACACCCACACCCACUCCACCCGCACCCCCACGGCCCAUCUUCUCUGCCCCCCCAGGGGUACCCCUGUGAGCGGGGCGCGGGGAUGGGCGGGGGUCACCGGCGGACAGCUCUGCUCAACUACGAGAACCUGCCGUCGCUGCCGCCGGUGUGGGAGUACCGCGCCCUGCAGAGAGACGAGGAGCAGGACGAGGAUGACGAGGAACAGGAUGAGGAGGAGUACGAGGAAGAGGAGGAGGACUUUGACGAGUACGAGUUUUCAGAGGGUCCAGGGACGCCCAACGGGUACCACCAGGAAGGGCUGGGGAGGGGGGGGAUCCACCGCGACGCCCUGCAGAACUAUGUCAACACAGAGCAGGUCCAGCCCAGUCGGCUGCGACAUGCCUGCCCCCCUCACCCCCAGCACCUCCAGCCGUGCCACCGCCAGUCGGACCGGGGCGGCCGAAUAUUCAGCUUUGAUUUCCGUAGGCGGCCUGGAGGAGGGUUUGGUCGGGGGGAGGGUUGCGAGCACGGUCACAUGCCCCCGUCGAGGCAGCUCAACUACAUCCAGGUGGACCUCGAUGCGGAGCCUCCAUGCCAGGCCCUCGGUGGGAGUGGAGGAGGGGGAGCCCAGUCUCAGCCCCAGCCACAGCACCAGCGCCUGCCGCCCCUCAAAUGUGGCCCCCAGCAGGCCCCACGGCGCAGUGAGUUCUACGCAGUGAUUGACCUGAAGAAGACAGCAGCCAUGUCCAACCUGCAGAAAGCCCUCCCCCGGGACGAUGGGACAUCGAGAAAGACUCGCCACAAUAGCACAGACCUGCCUCUGUAGACGCAGUGAGGAGGGGAAGAGACAGAGAAACAUGAAGGGAGGGAGUAGAGAGAGAAACAGGUUUGGGUGGACAGACAGGUAUAGGCAACUCAGCAGCACACUGGAUCCCUCAUUCUCAUCCUUCCAUCUGCCUGUCCUGUCCUGUCAUGUCCUGUCCUGGCCAGAUGGAUUAUAUACAGGUACCUAAUUAGAAAACGAACUAAAACCUAUCUGUGCAUAUUCCACUUUAUGGAGCAAGAUUGGUUUGAAGUUGCCAUAUUAUUGUGGGUCACUUUCUCACUGUGGUGAGAUGCUGUCUGAGUUAGCAGCAGAAACCUUGGUCGUGGUUGGCUGGGUUUAUGGUUAAACCCUUUAGCUACCAUUGUUUUGGGUUAAACCUUUUGGCAGUGUUUUUUUUUUUUUUAGCUUUGUGGUGGUUGCGUUGCGUGCCAAGGCCCCGGGUUUGGUUCAGGGUGGGAGCAGGAAUGGACGAGUUGAUGGUUGAUUUUAGAUAUAAGAGUAUUGCCCAUCAUAAAGUAGCUAGGUUCCUCAUUCCGUUAUCAUUCAGUGUUGUUGUUUUAUUUCUUUUACGUCCCUGUUUACGAACAUGGGCCACUAUCGUGUUCAGGUUUACUAGUCUACAUUGUAAAAUUGACUGAACAUUUUCUGAUAUGAAAAACAGUUUGUUAUUCCCUCAAUUUAAUUAUAAUAAUGUGCAUUCUUCACCUCACUAGCACUUCUUCUGACCCUGUGACUGAUAGAAAGGACAGUUGAUUAUAUAUAUUUACAACUAUCUGCCCUCAGGAAUUAGUACAGAGCAGUACAGUUUGCACAUUAUCCUUUGGAAUUGUAAUCUUACAUCCUAUCCAGUAUGAUAUUUUUAGUCUAAAAAAGACCCCAUAACAGAAAGAAAAUGUAUGAAUAGAUUUUCUCUCUCUUAAUCCAAGAUUAAAUAUCAUACAUUUUUCACGUUGAAAUUGAAUCUAAAAUGGAAAUAAUAGUAACCUUGAUGGCAUGAUACAGUGUGUUGAUAGAUUUUCAACAUCCGCACACGCACACGACAUAGCUAUUGAGAUGAUUGAAUUCAUCUCUGACCCCAUAUCAUUCCACUUGAAUAGGAAUCCAUAUCUAAUUCCUAAACUAUGGUUACCUUUGCACUUUUUUACCUUUGAAGUCCCCACAGUUCAGAAUCCCUGCUCUGGAGUAACAGAAAGGUUGUGAUCUGACAAACUCCUUCGAGAUGGUGAUGUCAUCACACAGGCCCAAAUAUUGUAUGGAUGUUGUUGUUUUUUUGCAACAUUAUAGAGACCAAUAGCAACUUACAUUUUUUAGAGAAGUUGAUAACCUGUGAUAAUGGCUUAAAUAUAUUAAUAAUAACCUCACAUAAAAAGUACUGGUUUACUAUUUUAGUAAGUAUCAGAUUGAUAACUGAGGGUUAUCAACUGAGGGUCUGUUUAAAGGGGAAUAUAUCAGUAUGUUUAAUGUUAACUGUUGAUGGGAAAGUCUUAUAUCAUUGAGCAUUUGGCUGAGGAUAUUAUGUAUUUAUUUAUUUAUUCAUUGAGAUGUCUAUAUUGUGAUUGUUUUGCUAAAAAAUGUGACAAACAGUUUUUCGUAAUCUAGUCAGUUGGUGAUUUGGAGACCAAAGUAUCACCAGUCAUCAUCAUACUGUCUGGGACACCAUUGUAAUACCAUUGUUAUGCCUGUAAUUAAUAACAUUACAUUCUGAAGAAGAAAGACUGUAUUAAUAUAUUAAAGUGCCAAAUCAUUACUGUUACCUGUUUGAAAAUUAUGAAUCAAAUCAAUGUGCCAUUAGGAUGUGUAAUAGAAAACCUGAGGGCUAAGAGGCAAGGAGUUAGCCUACAUGUCAAAAACAAAGGAAAGAGCUUGGAGGUCAAGGGCCGUAUAUAUCAAGAGUAGGAGUGCUGAUCUAGGAUCAGUUCUCCCCUGUCCAUGUCAUUGUAUUCAUUAUGAUCUAAAAGGAAAAACGGAUCCUAGAUCAGCAUUCCUACUCUGAGACUCUUGAUACAUACUGUACGGGGUCAGGGUUUAUAUAUUGUUAACCCUUUGUACUCCUCCUCAUGAAUUUGUCUAGCUGAUCCAGGUCAACUGGACAACAAAGGGCAAGAAAGACACAUUUCACCUCAUAGACUAGGCUAUACAUUGACAGCCAUAUUGGAGUGAGACAACGGAUUCGUUAUAUCUAUCUAGUCUUCACAACUCCAGUGGUUUUAUGCUGCUAUAAACAUAUUGAGACAGUAUGUAAGCUAUUUGUCAUGGUAGAAGUUCAGAUAGUAAGAAGAGGUUGGGGUGGUAGUGUCUAUGCAGGAUUAUAAACUGGGUGGUUCGAACCCUGAAUGCUGAUUGGCUGACAGCUGUUGUAUAUCAGACCGUAUACCACG